CCGAGGACAGCAGCGCCAUGGAGGAGCUCGCCACGGAGAAGGAGGCGGAGGAGAGCCACCGGCAGGACAGCGUGAGCUUGCUCACCUUCAUCCUGCUGCUCACGCUCACCAUCCUCACCAUCUGGCUCUUUAAGCACCGCCGGGUGCGCUUCCUGCACGAGACCGGGCUGGCCAUGAUCUACGGGCUCAUCGUCGGGGUGAUCCUGAGGUACGGCACCCCUGCCACCAGUGGUCAUGACAAGUCACUCAGCUGCACUCAGGAAGAUAGGGCCUUCAGCACCUUAUUAGUGAAUGUCAGCGGGAAGUUCUUCGAAUACACCCUGAAAGGAGAGAUCAGCCCCGGCAAGAUCAACAGCGUGGAGCAGAAUGACAUGCUGAGGAAGGUAACAUUUGAUCCAGAGGUCUUUUUCAACAUUCUCCUGCCUCCAAUUAUCUUCCAUGCUGGAUACAGUUUAAAGAAGAGACACUUUUUCAGAAAUCUUGGGUCUAUACUGGCUUAUGCCUUCUUGGGGACUGCCGUUUCCUGCUUCAUUAUUGGAAAUCUCAUGUACGGUGUGGUGAAGCUCAUGAAGAUCGUGGGGCAGCUCUCGGAUAAAUUUUACUACACGGAUUGUCUCUUUUUCGGAGCAAUUAUCUCUGCCACUGACCCAGUGACCGUACUGGCGAUAUUCAAUGAACUGCAUGCAGACGUGGACCUUUAUGCGCUUCUGUUUGGAGAAAGCGUCCUAAAUGAUGCUGUUGCCAUUGUGCUGUCCUCGUCUAUUGUUGCCUACCAGCCAGCUGGGCUGAACACUCACGCCUUUGAUGCUGCUGCCUUUUUUAAGUCAGUUGGCAUUUUCCUGGGUAUAUUUAGUGGUUCUUUCACCAUGGGAGCUGUGACUGGUGUUGUGACUGCUCUAGUGACCAAAUUCACCAAGCUGCACUGCUUCCCCCUGCUGGAGACCGCGCUCUUCUUCCUGAUGUCCUGGAGCACGUUCCUCUUGGCAGAAGCCUGCGGGUUUACAGGCGUGGUAGCUGUGCUUUUCUGUGGAAUCACACAGGCUCAUUACACCUACAACAAUCUGUCGGUGGAAUCAAGAAGUCGAACAAAGCAGCUCUUUGAGGUGCUACACUUCCUGGCAGAGAACUUCAUCUUCUCCUACAUGGGCCUGGCGCUGUUUACCUUCCAGAAGCACGUUUUCAGCCCCGUUUUCAUCAUUGGAGCUUUUGUUGCCAUCUUCCUGGGCAGAGCUGCACAUAUCUACCCGCUCUCCUUCUUCCUCAACUUGGGCAGAAGGCAUAAGAUUGGCUGGAAUUUUCAACACAUGAUGAUGUUUUCAGGCCUCAGGGGAGCGAUGGCAUUUGCCCUGGCCAUCCGAGACACGGCAUCCUACGCGCGCCAAAUGAUGUUCACGACCACCCUCCUCAUCGUCUUCUUCACUGUCUGGAUCAUUGGUGGAGGCACGACACCCAUGCUGUCAUGGCUUGACAUAAGAGUUGGCGUCGAGGAGCCCUCCGAAGAGGACCAGAGCGAGCACCGCUGGCAGUACUUCAGAGUUGGCGUUGACCCAGAUCAAGACCCACCACCCAACAAUGACAGCUUCCAAGUCCUUCAAGGGGAUGGUCCAGAGUCUGCGGGAGGAAACCGGAUGAAGCAGGAGAGCGCGUGGCUGUUCAGGCUGUGGUACAGCUUUGACCACAAUUACUUGAAGCCCAUCCUCACACACAGUGGCCCCCCACUGACCACCACCCUCCCGGCCUGGUGCGGCUUGCUGGCUCGGUGUCUGACCAGUCCCCAGGUGUACGACAACCAAGAGCCUCUGAGAGAAGAAGACUCUGAUUUCAUCCUGACCGAGGGCGACCUCACCUUGACCUACGGGGACAGCACGGUGACUGCGAACGGCUCCUCAGGCUCCCACCCGGCCUCCACGAGCCUCGAGGGCGGUCGGAGAACGAAGAGCAGCUCCGAGGAGGUGCUGGAGCGAGACCUGGGGAUGGGAGACCAGAAGGUCUCCAGCCGGGGCACCCGCCUGGUGUUUCCCCUGGAGGAUAACGCGUGACUCCGCCCCGAGCCCCGAGAGACGGGGCGGGGCCCUGGCGGGGUGAGGAUGGCCGCCAGCCCCAGUGCCGGAGGGGCGGGGCCCUGACUGAAUGGAACUAACACUUCUAUUUGAUGGGGGUCGGAAGCUAUCUUAACAUUUAAAAUUUCACCCCAGACGCAGCUGGUGGGGCUAAAGUGUCUCUGAACCACGACAAAUGCAGACCUGUUCCCUCUUUUUCACACAGUAGUGCGCUGUUCAGCGUUAACAAACAAAUAGCAUGCUUUAAUGGUCUCUUCAUUCAUUCACCUGCGGAUCUAAACAAGGUGUGGCAGGUGCUGGGGGUCCCUCCCAGGAGAGGCUUCGGAUCCAGACACAGUGGGGCCAGUCUAGCUGGCUGAGGGGGAAAGCAGGUUACGGGGAGAACAGGCAUAAAAAAAGAUCAUGAAGGAAGGCAGUUGAGACUGGACCUCCCAGGACGAUGGGAAGCCGGAAUCAGAUGGGACAGAAAACAUGAAACAGCAGUCUGGGAAUGGAGGCUCCAGCAUCAAAGCUGCAUGACUUGCAACCUCCUAGCAAGACUCCUGCCGUUUUUUUUGUUUGUUUGUUUUGUUUUUGUUUUUUUUUUUUGCUCCCUGUGAUUCCUUUAAACUGAAGAUUGGAAAAUAUGUCCAUGAACAUUUCAACACGGGGGAACGAAUUCUAGUCCCUUCUCUGGAACUCUCCAUAAAGAAGGUCCUGAAAUGUUUAAAAACCAAAGGUAAAAUAGUGUUAUACUGUUGUUUUAAAUGAAAUCGGAGGACAGGAGAAACUGUGUAGAAACUGAUGGUGACGUCACUGCAAAUCUCAAGUCAGUUCUCGAGGGCCCCCGUAUGAGCUGCCUGCCUGGGACAGGAAUAGGACUAGAUACCUACUAUGGGUUUAGGAAUAACACCAAAAUGUGUGGGGUGCUGUGUUAUCUAGGGAAGAGAAGGCAGCAAGAAGAAGAGGCAAUAGGCUAGUAUUCAGAGGGAAGAAAUCUCACUGCAAAGAAAAUACACAACUGAGUAGCGUUCCAAACUUGGAGCUAAAAAAUGCCUGGGAUUUCAGUGGCCACGUGAGGAACCUGAGGCAAGUCAAUGGAUGGUUAAGCACUGUUCAGCCUGGCGGAGGGUUCUGUCUGCUAUAAGGUUAAGAAUCCACAUGUCUUGACCUUGAACGCCACGUAGAGAAGGAUCACUUUCAUGGUACUGGGGAAGCUUAUACCAGCUUAAUAUGUAAGUGUGAUUUAAAAUUUAGGUUUUUAGUUUGGGUUUUGUCAUGGGUGAGCUCUCCUACCUGCCCACACCCAUAGUCGGUGAAAUACUGAGAGAACUCUUGGAAACCAACCAUGAGAUUCUCCCCACAUCUCUGUGCUUCAGUGCUAGUAUAUUUGAAAACCCAAUUUCUAAAAACUGCUUUCAUAAAAUGUGGGCAUUUUUCUUCUCAUGGCAGACAAAAUAGUGGCCCAGCCUAGGACACCCAUAAUGCAAUCAGCCAUUUAAUGUUCUUAACUCCCUUUUUAAUGGUUAAUUUUUAAAUAAGACGUUGCUUCACAUUUUGCUUUUGCAUUGGUAAUUUGUGCAAACCCGGAAAAACGUAUUACUAGGUUGAGCCAUAUGAAGUUGCUGAUAUUCAACCAUUAAAAAAAUGCAGAAAUGGCAGCAUCAUAUGGCUGAAUGUAAUAUAAUUGAAUGAUUUUUCUUCCCCUCUUUUCUUUCUGUCUACACGGAAGUCCAUGUUGGUUUUGUGGUCACUCAUGGGCUUUGUAGUCUUCACUGCAAACAUUUUAUUCUCACCCACUUAAAUGUAAGUAAAUGGAGAUUUGCUAAGACCAACACUUAGCUGGGUUGGUAGUUAUUUGGGGGGAUUUUUUUUUCCUUCAGUAGAUCAGAGUAAGUCAUUGAUCUAUGGUCCUACUUUUUGUCUGCAAGAUGUGGAGAUUAAUCCUGACCUUACCAGAGGUCCUGGGAAGUGAGUUCACUCAUCAGCAUGCGUCCACCUCUUACAAGCAUCAUGCCUGUGCCGAGCCGUGAGGAUUCGGGUGCCACAAAGGCCAGACACCAUCUAACCCAAGGCCAGUCUGGGAGAAAUCAGAUUGAAACUGCUACGUAAUGGUACAUCCAGCUAAAGAAAGUUCCUCUGAGAGAGCAGUCCCAAGUCAUCUUAUAAACAUACUUGUUCUGGGUUGGUGGGGAUGACGGUUCAGUAGUCAAAUGUUCUAGAGCACAGGUUCUCAACCCUGGCUGCACAUUAGGAUUACCUGGCUAGUUGUUUUUUUUUUUAAGUAUUGCUAUGAGGGCCCUCCCCUCCAAGAUUCAGAUUCGGUAGGUUGGGAGUGGGGCCGGGCUGCCAUGCUCUGUUCUGGAUCCUCAAGGAUUCUGCUGUACAGCUCUGGUUGAGAGCCUUUAGCCUUGAACUUGCAGUGAAGCCUAUUUGGAGCCUUCAAGAAUGGCCUAGCAAAGUACAUUUUAUUUUCAUUGUUAGUUGUGUGGCAAAAACUGAAUGUUGAUGGAUAAUAGACUGGGCAGCUGUGAGAGUUCUGUGCCAAUAAUCUUUGCAGAACACUUUGAGGAAUGUACUUCGUGAAGGAAAGGAGGGUGACUUGAGCGUAUGCAUGGGGGGAUUAAAAAGUUGUCAUCUUUGCCCCCAUUUGUGGAGAAAAGGGGGGUUUUGUCUUAACUGAGCUGCUGACUCCUCAGACGUGAAGGUUUCCGAGAAGCUGUCUUUGCCAUUUCCCCUGAGGUUAUCUGAACAGCCCCAUUUGCAGUCAGGUGCGCUCUCCCUCCUUACCCUUUGCUUGUCCCUGUGCCCGCAUCCACGCUGGGCUCCUCAGAACGAGGCUGGGCCGCGUGACGUGGAAAAGUGUGGUCACUUUGCUGUCGCGUGGCGGUGGCGUCGGUAGCAGGUGAGUAGGAGAUGUGAUCUUGUGUACAGCACCGACAGAGGGAUGCCAGCAAAGCCUGCCAUUCCUUCUAAUACCCUCCUGUGGGGGCUACAAGGAGAACUGAACUUUCUCUCCUAAAGAAGGAAAUUUGGAAUUUAAGUUAAGUCUGCAUUUCUUCCAAGGAAACAGGCAUAGGAAGAGCAUAUAUAUUGUGAUUAAAAUGGACUCUGAGCAUCACUGGGGUAACCACACAAAUAAGUACUGAUGCCCUGCAGCCAGAAAUCCCACCAGGACAUCAGAUGUUUCAUCAAGCAAAUAGCAAGGAGCUCUUUAGGCUGUGUUCUGUAGACCUGAGAACAUCCUCCACGGUCCGGUUGACAAACACCAUCUCUUUAGGAAAUGUGAAAAAUGUUCUCUCAGCUCUCCAUGAGCAUUCCAGUCUCGGGCAAAGAAGUUCUUUCUAAAACAGAAGUCUGUUUCACACACACUCUCCCCCGCCCCACCCUCCAUCAUCUCUCUCCCUUUCUCUGUCCGCAGUGGAAGUUAGUGUUACCAUGUCAGCUAUUUACGUGAACAGAAUGAUUUCUAAAUGUUGAAACAGCACCGAUGCACCGAGGGGAGACUGCUAAUAGGGCAAACAAGGAACUCAUCGGAGGGGAAGACCAUCCACUUGGAAACCUACCUUGGUACCCACUGCAAGUCCUAAGAGACGUAUCCGAAAGCUGAUUUUACCAUCCAUAAAAUGUCAUCUAGAAUGCUUGCCGAUUCAAUAAGUAUGUGACUUCUUAUUCCACUUCAAAAAUGCGGAACUUGACAGGUUUCGUGCUUGCCCUUUGACGUUGAUUCUGUAGGUGAGUUAGUGUAGGAGCUAGUCUGUCAAGUACAGUAGACUGGUCUCACUGAAUUCUGAUCUCUUCUGUUGUUUUCUGAGUGAGGAUCUGGCUGGCCAGUGUCAGUGGCUGCCUUCUGAUACAGUAAGUUGAGGGAAUCCAGUGGCCAAGAGUUAAAGAGUUUAGGAAUAACCCAUCUGAAUGCUGCUUCCUCCAUUUUGAUAUCGGAAAAGACCUUCCCUCUUUCUAAAAUCUAAUAAGGACAAUCUACAGAGAAAUAGUCUAGUAACCAAUGCCAGUGUCUAAUGAGGAAAAGCAAGUAGGCUCUUUGACAAUCCUUUCAAAAUGAAACCUAGAAAGAAACCAUUUUUUCCAGUUUCCAGUUUCAUAAGCAGAGUUUUUUUGUCAAUUACCAAACAUAUCUUGUCACCCAGUGCUAGCAGAAAUUGCAAAGAGCAAAACCAAAGUUUUUGAUGUUUUAUUUUUGUAAGCAGGGUAUACUAUAACCACGGCCCCCGUGGAGCACCCAGGCAGCCAGUUUACUGCUACUUGCGCCUCGGAAAAGAUGAGAAGGAAGGGCUGCCUGUUUUGCGGCCCUUUGGAAAGGUCUGAAACUGACACGGGAGCACGCGGGAGGGGUCACCUCCUCAUCCCGAUGGCCACCUUUUCAAAAGGGUUCACAGAAUGGCCAAGGGUCACGGUCAGCUCAAUUCUUGGCCAGUGGAAGAUUAUCUGGGCCUGUAUGUGUUGGAGGAACUCAGCUAGAAAAAGAUGUGUCAAGCAGCAUGAAGAACUCUACAUCUGCUGUUUAGAGCACUUCAAAAAGUUAAGGUCCCAGUGUUCCUGGGUGACUGUCUAACUGCAUGGACAUUCGGGGGUUGACUUCAGUUGUGACUAUUCCAGCUGCGGGCUCUGGAGAAUGAGUUUCAGUCACGGAAGUGUUAAGUCUGUGGAGUUGGAAAUUGUCACUGAGAUCACUCAAAGUAUGACUUCAUGGUAGGGUCACCUCCUAGGUUUUUAUUUUUUACAUAAAAUAAUCUGGUACAUCUUACUUAGGAAGUUUUACAAUGUCCAUUAAAAUGAUUAAAUGGGAAGGCCACCAAGAUUGAUUUACUAGCUGAAAAGCAGUUUUUUAAAUAGAAUAGGAUGCAUUUACUAUGGGCUGAUGUGACCUCCUGGGGAUUUUUUUUAUAGAGAGCUUACAUACUGUAACUCGGGCAAUUUUUGUCUUCUACUUCCAUUCAACAGUAGCAAACUGGUGGUUUUAUAAAAGUAACAUUAGAGUAUGUUCUAUAAACAUGUUAUAGAAAAUAAUAUUAAAGUUAUGUCUAACUGUGAAAAAGUGACGACUUGGCGUUAUCGGCAACCUUUAUGUGCAAUAAGGAAAACUGCAGUUAGGACCCCAAAGUGCUCCCUUUCCUGGCCUUUUCCUUAAUGUUCGCCUUCGUGUAUCAGUUGCGACUGAUGUUGUAAAGCUAGCUACAUGUUUUCCUGCCCUUUACUGAUAUACUGAUAUUUAACACAUUUUUCUCAAAGCUUUUUUUUUUUAACAAAACUCAAAAUAAAAAGAUUAACUGGC